AGUAGAGAGCCCCGGAUGGUGGUGACCGGCGGAAGAUGCCUCUCUUCUUGGUGCCACUUAUAUAAGGCGAGGCAGCCAGGGGAAAGGUAUCAGUUGGAGCAGUGCGCUAACAACGUCAACACCAGUCCUCUCUACCUCCCUCCCCGAGACGCAAACAUUCCAUCAUGCCGUCAGCGUUGACUGAGACCGUAGUUCCCGGGGCCUCUGCCGCCACCAUCAUGCAGCAAGUGGACCAAAGUCUUCGCACCUUCGGCUUCGAUCUCAAAAGCCUUGUCAAGGCCUUGGACUUGCAGACUAUUGGCAUCUUGACACUCGUGGUCGUGCUGGCCAUAGUACUUUACGAUAUAAUCAGCUACAACUACAGUUCCUACCACGGAGAUCUUUCCUCCUACUCCUCCUACGGUAGAAGUCUUGUGACCACAGCAGCCAAGGUCUGGGACCAGAGGGAGGAACUAGGGUUAAACCCAUACGUUCGCGGAGGCCGUGGUCUAGACGAGAUGACCAGGAUUUUGGACGCUGUUGCCGACGCCAUUCUCAAGUACGAGGACACAGAGGUUAACAAGGUGCCAAGCUCGAGGAAAAGCAAAGACAUGCAGAUUGAGGAAAAGUCAUAAAAAAAAAUGGUGAUGGGAGACCACGGACCUUCUGUGUCAACCAUCCUCCUGACUAUGUAGACUGCUAAUGGGAGUCCACUGGUCCUUUUCUUUCAAUCAUCCUCGCGGACCUGUCUAACUUCCAGUGCUUAUGGGAGUCAACGGACGGGCCUUUUCUGCCAGUCUUCCUCCAAGACCUGUCUAUCUUCUAAUACUGAGGGAAAUUCACGGGUCUGCUCUGUCAACCACCAUCUUG